AUGGCCACUCCACAAUGAUAGAGGAGUUGCACAGCCAAUUGACAGUUUGCCCAAGUGCGAUAGUUUGCAGUGUUGGUGGUGGUGGCUUGCUUUGUGGAAUUCUUACUGGCUUAGCCAAAGUAGGCUGGCAAGAUGUUCCAGUUGUUGCCAUGGAAACAAAAGGUGCAGAAAGCUUUAAUAAAUCUGUUAAAGCAGGACACAUUGUACGCCUUCCUGAAAUAACCAGCAUUGCAAAAUGUUUGGGUUCUGUGGUUGUAAGCCAACAACUGAUGGAUUAUCUCCCAACACGUCCCAUCUUUUCUGAAGUAGUGGAAGAUCGUGAAGCUGUACUUGCGUGUUUAAAAUUUGCAGAUGAUCACCGAAUGCUUGUUCAACCUGCUUGUGGUGCUACUCUUGCUGCUCUGUACAGUGAGACCCUCAGCCACUUGAUUCAAAACGAGGAUAUUAAAGGUGAUGGCCCAGUUGUAGUCAUUGUCUGUGGUGGAUGUGAUGUUACUCUCAAUAUCUGCGAAAAAUGGAAGCAGAUUGUAAAGUAAUAUUCAUUUACUCUGACCAAAAAGUCCAAUCUCUCCAAGCAUCAUCUAAUCUACUGUUUGAAAUAUGUGUAUUUGAUAAAUGAUUCAAUUAUGUUUGACUUUUACAGUGUUGAUUAACCUGAAUAUAUAUAAUGUUAUCGUUUUGUAUGCAUUUCAUUGUAAAAACUUUAAA